AGGGGGAUUAUAGCAGCUAGGUCCACAUAAGAGCCCAGCCCACCAGGCAUUUGCUCUGAAUGCCCUAUGGCCAGUCCGGGCCACUAACCGUACUGACGAGACUACUCCGAUCAUCUGCCUGAGUGAAGAGCUUUAGGUUAUCAGACAGGGGGUAUCAGAGAGCUGGCGGUAGUGUGUGCUGCGUCAAUGAAGACUUAAUGUGUGUCACACAAGCCACUGCUGACUCUUUAAGAAGGUGUGCUGUUUGAAUGCUGGUGCACAGGGCACUUACAGGAUAUACUGGGUUACUGGACCAGUGGCUGAAGCUCAGAAAAGUUUUAACUGGUGAGAUGAGCUGGUCAUUUUUGAGGGAUAUACUUAGCGGAGUCAAUAAGUACUCCACAGGAAUUGGGAGGGUCUGGCUUUCGGUUGUUUUUAUUUUCCGCCUGUUGGUUUAUGUGGUGGCAGCAGAACAUGUGUGGAAAGAUGAACAAAAGGACUUUGAAUGCAACAUCCGACAACCAGGCUGUGAAAAUGUUUGCUUCGACCACUUCUUUCCCAUCUCCCAGGUGAGGCUUUGGGCCUUACAACUAAUUAUGGUGUCAACACCAUCACUUCUUGUUGUUCUACAUGUUUCAUACAGAGAAAGCAGAGAGAAAAGGCAUAAGAAGAAAUUAUAUGAUAACACAGGCAGCAUGGAUGGUGGUUUAUGGUGCACAUAUGUUGUAAGCCUCAUCUUCAAAACCUUGUGUGAGUUUGGCUUUCUCUUACUAUUUUAUAAGCUAUAUGGUGGUUUCCAUGUACCACGCCUGGUAAAAUGUGAUAUGGAUCCCUGUCCCAAUCUUGUUGACUGCUAUAUCUCAAAGCCUACAGAGAAGACAAUUUUUCUCUACUUUGUGGUGGUAACAUCAGGCCUCUGUAUUGUCCUUAAUAUUACAGAGUUAGUGUACCUUAUUUUUAAAUAUUUAUCAAAAUUCUGCGUAAAAAGAUAUUUGGGAAGAGUGACUUCAUCAAACUGUCAGUGCACAAAUGAAGUAAAAUCCAACCAAAAAGAAACGUUCAUUUCACCUCCAUUGCAACAGACUGUCCAUGAUAUCCCUGAAGGGGUUCAACCUACUGAAUAAACACAAAUCAGUUAUUAUUUUAUCUAUUGUUAUUCAGAAAUCUAUUUUUUUUUUUUACAUUGUGAAGCAUGUUUUUGUACAGAUUAUUUAUAUUGUCUUAAACUAUUCCAUUGUAUGUAACCCUGUAUACUAUUUAUAGCCACUUAAAGGGACAUGAAACCCAAAAUGUUUCUUUCAUAAUUCAGAUAGAGCAUACAAUUUUAGUGAACUCUCCAAUUUAUUUUUAUCAUAUGUGCUUCAUUCUCUUGGUAUAAUUUGUUGAAGGAGCAAUGCACUACUGGGAGCUAGCAAAUGACAAGAGUCAUAUAUGUGCAGCCAUCAAUCAGAAGCUUGCUCCCAGAAGUACAUUGCUAUUCCUGGGCCUAUUAGGUAUGCUUUUCUGCACAGGAUACCAAGAGAACAAAGCUAAUUAGAUAAUAGAAGUAAAAGAGAACGUUGAUUAAAUUGAAUGCUCUAUCUGACUUUACUGUCUCUUUAAAGAUAUAUUGAACUAUUCUAAUUGGUUUAAUGUGACAGGAGCGUCCGUCUCCAAAAGAGAUGUGGAAAUUGCCCUUAUCUUACAGUGAGCAUUAAUAAAGCUAAAAAGAGCUUUUACAAAACAUUUUAGCAUUUUAAUCCCUGCUCUUUUAUAUACAUGGUAGAAAAGUUUGACUAGAAUGUUCCUUUAAUUUAUUUCUUUAGCAAACACUGAAGGCUGCAAUAUCAUCUUUAGCAAUGGUUCCCAAUAGCAGCACUUGAAACCUUUUUUUUAUCACAGUCAUACAUGUAUCUUAAUCUUAAUAGUUUAGCAGAUUAUCCUUAAAUCUUCAUUUACUAGUUGUCCUUAAGAAAUUCUAUGUAAAAUCUCUUUUUUAUUAUUAUUAUUAUUAUAAGGACAUAAAAUCAUUCUUUGCUAUUGCUUAAACAGAAGUACUUGCUUGGCAUCCAAAAAAUGCACAUUUUAGUGCUGUAAUUAUUGAUCUUUAAUGUACAGUAAUAGAAUAGUCAGAUAGAGUUAAAGGGACAGUAUACUGUAAAAUAGUUUUUCCCUUAAUGUGUUUACAAUUGCUUUUUUUACCAACUGCAGAGUAAAACAUGUAUGAAAAUUAGCUUUUUAAGGUGUAUUUCUGUAUAUUAAAGCUCUGAUUUUGUGUUUUGAAGCCACAACCUAAUAAAAUGGGUUGAGCUUGUAGGUAUAAUCAGAUCUCAUUACUGUAUCACAUUGUGCACAUAUACCUGCUUCUUUAUCUUAUAUCUGUCCAUAAAAACAAUCACCAGUACCUUGAGAGAACAAUGGAAAAUCAACAUUGUAUUACCUUAUCUCUGCUAUAUCCAACUGGGAGUGUAAUUUCUUCUGCUGGCUGUGUUUACAAAGCUUAUCUAUAGCUGGUACGCGCGGCCACAAACUUUCAGAAUAGGUGGGGAUACCACAUGCUAAAUCAACCAUUUCAAAUGCCAAUAUAAGGGUAAAGGAGCUACUUGUAAACAAUUUAAUACACUCCAGCAGGUAAAGUGGAUCAUUGGGAACAAAUUAAAGGGGAGAAAUUUUUUGAAUAAACUGUCCCUUUAAUGUGAUUUAAAGGGACAUAAAAAGUGACACUAAAGUCAAAUAGAACAUGCAUAAAAACAUUAAAAAAAAAAAACACCUUCUGAGGCACAAGCGCCUAUUGAACAUGUGCAAGAGAUCAUAGUGUAUUCAUAUAUGAGUUUGAUUCGCUGAUUUCUGUCACAUGAUAGUGGGGCAGGGAAAUAUAAAAAAAAUUGUCAUAAAAAAUAGACUGCUCAUUUAAAGUUCAGAGUUAUUACUAUUGCAUUGUCCCAUUUGUAUUUUCUGAUCAUGCAAUUCUACUGUAUUUAAUGGUCCUUUAAAUAGCUCUUCCUUUUAUGUUAAAAUGUGCUUGUCCAACUCUCCCUAAAAUAUAAUAGAAACACAUUAUUUACAACCAAGCCCAUACACUGUUUUUAGUUUCUAAAAAAUAUUUGGUUUUUAUAUUUGUGUUAGUUUUUAAUGUGGGAAAUGCUAAUACCUUUUUAUUUUUGUACUGUUUAAUAAAUGUUUAACUCUACAUAGGUAAAAUAUAUAUAUUUUUUCUGCAUUAGUAUUUACUUUAAAUUUAAUAUUGUUUAUAGUGUAAAUUGUACCCAGGGAUGAGACUGUUUGUAUUAAAACACAUGACUCAUUGGUA